GUUUAAAUAUGCAACAACGUAAUCUACAUUCUCUCUAUUUCUCACAUACAGGGACGCGCACCCCUCCUCGUAUUUUGAUUAAAUGAGCAAUACAAGCAUACAGUAGGGGUUUGACAAGGAUAUCGAAUACGAGUGACUGUAGAAAUUGAUUCUAAUGACAGCACACACUACCACACACAGUAUCUGCUUCGGCAUUAACAAGUUAUAACAAUUAUUUACUUUCCAGGUACCUGAAGUUCCAAAGCAAUUUCCCUCCAUCUUUGUUCCUUCAAUGAGCGAUCAUGAUAGGAAAUAUCACUUGUGUCAAAGAGACACGGGUGUUCCUGCCACAUCUCCACCAUCCUUUCCUCAAUUUCGAGGCUCCACACCUCGGGGCACAGCCUUCAUCGGCAUUGCUGCUAGCUUGUCCUAUUGGCUACUGGCAGCAUUCGUCAAGAAAUCGGCCCGUAGCCCCUCACACAUUUCACGAAUUGCUUUGUUGGGGACUAAGGUUUUAUGACAUGUAAAAGCCCGGCAUUUUAGUUACCACCGAAAACUAGAAUCAGAAAAACCAGAGCAUCACAAUCUGCCUCUGCCCUGUAUGUCAUUCUAAUUCCAGCUCAAAUGAUCAUUCACACCAUGGUGUUAUUAGUGAGUUGGGUUUUUACUGGAGCAAUCUAAGGGUACAGCAGCAGUGUCCUCCACCUGGGAUUGAACCCACGACCCUCCGGUCAAGAGUCCAGAGCCCUGACCACUACUCCACACUGCUGCCCACAAUAUAUGGAAUAUUACGAUGGUGAAUGGACAAUUUUUGUGUGUAUAGUUUACACCAUAUACCAUUCUAUAAAAUGUAGCCAAUAUUAUGUUUGUACAAGUUAUUUUAAUCAUAAUUGUAAAUUGUAUUUAUUGUCGAAGUGUAGCUUUUCUAUUCAAUUAUGCACUAGUUUGCACGUUAAUUCUGUUUCAGUUCCAUAACUACUGUGUGCCAACUGAAUCAAUCAUUAAGCAAAAGCUAGCACUUACUGAAGAAAGACUUCAACAAUUGCAGCAAAACUUAAGAAAUUGUAAGGCACGAGAGAAACACUGCAGAAGAACUAACUAAAGUCUGCUGAAAGAGCUGGAAGAACAAAAUCUACUUACAGAUGAUCUGCAAUCUAAACUGCACCUUUAUUCAGACGUCACGUUGAACCCGAUAAUAAAGCCCCUGGAGUGGAUGCUGGGGUCCUGGGAGUGUGACGAGCCAGGAUUUGGGACUUUCCCUACAAUCCAGCCCUUCCGAUACACCGAGACGCUUCACAUCUUCCACGUGGGACAGCCCAUGCUUAACUUCAUGUUCAAUGCCUUCCACUGUGAGACGAAGAAACCGCUGCACAGAGAAUGUGGCUUCAUCCGUGUGGAACCUGGCAAAGACAAAGUGGCAUUUAUCAUCGCCCAGAACACAGGCCUUGUUGAGAUUGAGGAGGGGAAGCUGAGCGGUCAGGAGUUGACUCUGCAGUCCCAGUCUGUGUCCCGCAUCUCCUUUGCUAAAGAGCCACACGUCCAGAAGAUCUCCCGGACUUUCCGACUCAAGAAAGAUGGCAGGCUGGAGCAGACGGUGUGCAUAGCGACUGAAGGCCAGCCUCUCUCAAAGCACCUGCACAUCACCUACAGGAAGACAGCGCCCUGAAGGGAACGGAGAGGCUUGCUGAUGGAGUAUCCAACACAAAUCACAUGAUCACAAUGUAUGAAGUUAACAUGACUCCUGCUCUGCUGUUGAAUGUCAAGGUUUUCUGUUUCACAGACUGAUAUACGAGGCAAAUUGAAUACCUGUUUUAAAUGUAUAUUCAGUCUACGAUGU